ACCGAGAUUUGAACUCGGAUCGCAGGAUUCAGAGUCCUGAGUGCUAACCGUUACACCAUGGAACCUUCUUACCACUGCGCCGCUAACUAACAAACAUAAACCUUCGGCGCCUGCUUGCGGCUGCUCAAACCACUUUUCAAACUACGAUCCCGAUCUCCCCCCCACCUCAUUACAUGACGACGUCGCAGCAGGUUAAGCCAGAGCUGCGCGCGUACCCGCUUCCUUCUAACGAUGAUGAUGCUGUGUGCGAUGAAUCGAAAACAAUCGAAACAAACGCAGAGGAAUGCAGCUGAACAAUAAUACACACACAACACGACCCCCAGAAUCAGUGGGCGCCUGGUCUCGUCUCGUUCAACGAUUAGCAGCGCGCACAUCGUAAGGUGAGAGAGACGUGUGUGUGUGUUUGUAGGCCAAUACAGGCCAGCGAGAUACUACAACUUGUUACAGCAGCCCCAUAUUGCUGUACGUAAAACUGUUAACAAUUCAUCUGACCUCGAAUCAUGUUUUGAUACCUCGAAACUAUUUUACCCUUCUUAAAAUGCGUGUAGUUGACAAGCAUGUACAGAAAGUUGCUGUUAUGAUUUUAAUUUCAGGAAGCUACUUGAGCCAUACAUGGAUCAUAGCCAAGCCUAUCUUUCUACGCUUCUACCCCGCCGAGGGGCCGUCGACAGGCUUCCGCUGUGCAGCAUUAUUGCCCGCAACAUAAAUGCUUCCAUGGCACAAACUUCAUGCAGCGCACACGCACACACCCGUACGGCGGUGCGCGAGAGCAUACCCGAACACACCAACAUAACCUCGAACGGCAGAAGAGUGAAACGGCACGAUUGCUGCGUAACACAUACGUGCGUGCGUGCGAGAGAGAGAGAGAGCAGACUCACGAACGGGACUCGCGAGUCCGUACCCGCUGGAAACCAUCAUGCGUAGAUGCAGUUCUCCCAGUUCUCACUCUGGCCCGAGCCGUUUUACAGUUGUGUCUUCUCUGAUCUCUUCUCCGGGACGCACGCACGCACGCGAGCUUACCACGUCCAUCCGUCCGCCGCCGCCGUCGUCGUCGUUAUUCGAAUCGAUUUUUAACUCAGGGCGCAGCCAUCUUACGGUGGUGUCUGCAGCAGAGAAGAGUGUGCUCACGUCACCGUUCGAAAGUGCAAAAGUGUUUCGAGUUUAGUAGUAAAAGGUGGUGUGGUAGUGCCCAACGCUGCUCUCACAGCGCUUUUGUAACAACAUCGUCAGCCCUAUUCAGCUCCAGCGGUAGCAGUGAGUGUUGUGAGGUGAAUUCGUUCGAAUAGCGAACAGUUUUGUGGCAGAAUAAAUAGUGUUGCACUGUGUGGAAAAUCACGAAUAUGAAGGCCAUCACGACCAUGUGUGCGAAGAAUGGUGGUGGUGCAUCGCUGCCGGCGAUUGCGACGGGUCGAGUGCAGCGCCACCGAGAUGGUGAAAACGAUGAAAUCAAGCUGUAUCUGUCGAAGCUGCGGGAGCUGGUUCCGUUCAUGCCGAAAAACCGCAAACUGUCCAAGCUCGAGGUUAUCCAAAACGUUAUCGACUACAUCUGCGAGCUGCAAAAUGCACUCGAUUCGCAUCCCGCGGUCAACAGCUUCGACUCGUUGGCGGUGCUCCAGCAGCAUCAGCAGCAGCAGCAGCAGCAACAACAGCAAGUUGGAUACAUGGUGGAAUCAAUCGAUACUGUACCGGCGCAUCCAGCAGCAGCAGCAUCCAGGCAACCACUGGCGACCAUCUUGAGCAGUGGGAGCAAUGUUGCCGCCUCUAAUAUUAACGCUAUUGGCGAGGGACUACAACAGCCUUGAUGGCGAACGGCAGCUGUCACUCGAUUGCCCGUGGUACAUCGCCAAGGGGUGAUUUGCGCUCUUGCAGGGCAGCGCUCCGCCGCACGAACCUGUUCCAAACCAUUGGCUUACAACAUCUGUGAUAUUCCGUCGAUACUGAGUCGCACGAGGAAGCCUCAACAGGCAGCAUCGAUAGGAGGACGUCGACUAAGCGCGACUGAAGGUUCUUCCUCCUUCUUCUCCUCGUCCUCGUCGAACUGAACGGGACUGAAACGAAAAGAGCGGUGUAGGAGCCCUUCGGAACCCUUCGGAAGUUGGUGGGCCUUGUCCAAUUGAACACAACUUUCCAACACCAACGGCUGUACCGCCAACCGGGGAAAGGUCGUCGGAGUCUUGCCAAGGUUCCAGGGAGAGCCCUCGACUCCAGCCAGAGAUGAUCUCAGGAUGUAUUAGGAUGCUCCACCGGUGCCAGAGUGUUGGGCCGUGCUGUGCCCCGUACAGCGGCACCAUUUAUGGGGCCAGGCGGCCAACCAGCGCAGCAGAACGGAGUGCUCUGUACGUGUGUGUGUGUGUGUGCGUGUGUGUGUGGCUGUGCGUGUGUUCACCGUUACAGCAGUGUUGCAACUGUCUCGGUGCCAUUGCAGCAGCAGAACUCCUCGUUUCGGAGCGCUAAUUUGGUUGAUGAAUUUAUAUUAAAAAUAAAUACCGUAAUUAACACUA